ACAAUCCAAUCAUUUCCUCUAAUCUCCCGACCUUUUAAAAUUAAAAGUAAUUAAUGACCUUCGUAUCUCUUUGUAUUAACCCCCAACCCCAAAACCCAAAACGCACGCAAAGAACAGAACAUAAGCUGAAUAAGUUCACUGGUGUGGGGUGCCUCCAAUUUUGUGUGGCUUGGAAAGUGAAAGAUUAAUAAGGAAUUUGGUUGGUGGGAUCUGGUAAAAGUCCUCUUUUUAUCGAUCUGUUGGAGGAGGGACAACAAAAAGGAUAUGGUGGGAUGAGUGAAAGGAAGGAUAAGGAGAACCGGAGUGACAGAUGGCUAGGGAAGGAAGACCCAAAGGGGGCGGCUUUGGUUUAGGCUCGGCUUCGGGUCACUGGUCGUAUAAAAGGAUAACUCUGACUGUUUGCUUCGUUAACAUUGUUAUUGCUCUCUUUGUUCUUCGUUCUCUCUAUUCUUCUCUCUACAUUUAUUCCAACAAAGAUAAUGUUGUAAAAUAUACUCAAGAUCAGAUUAGGAAAAUGGAAGAAUCAGUUAAGAUUCGAAGAGCUAGUGAACCUAUCGAGCUUAUUAAAUUGGUUAAGAGAAUAAAGCGUGAAUCUUGGAGUGAAGAAUCGGUGGCUGAACUGCCACAGGCAGUUAAACAUAAGAUAACUGAUGAGAUCCUACAGAGAUUGAGAAGUUUGAAACCAAAUGCCACUGCCAUCGAGCAGCAAGAAGCAGUUGAAAGCUGGCGGAAGGAGAAACUAAAAGAAGCUAAAAAGUUGACCCUUGGAGGGGAUGGGUUGAGUUCAACACGUUUGCAAGAGGAAGCAGGGAUGUUAGUAAAAGCCUUGGAGUCCAAUUGGGCUGUGCUGUCGGAAGAAAUUGGCGUUUGGAUACCCACUGAAAUCAAUAAUCAAGAACAUGAUGAUAAGCCUGAGGGUAUGGAAGAUACAGAAGACGAGGAACAAAUUUUAGCUGGGAGGCCCCUUCCACGAGAAUGUCAUGCUGAACUUCAUACUGAUUAUGGCGGUGCUGCCGUUAGAUGGGGUCUUACCCACCACAAAGAAACUGCAGCCGACUGCUGCCAGGCUUGCUUAGAUCAGGCCAAAAAUGCAAAGCCUGGUGAAAACAAAUGCAACAUAUGGGUUUAUUGUCCAUCAGAGACUGGUUGCUAUUCCCCAGAUAAAUACCAGCACAAACACAUGGAGUGCUGGCUUAAAUUCUCGGAGAAACCCCGGCUGAACUUUAAGGACAGAUAUUCUGAAGCGUACCAAGAUGCACACCCAAAGGCGCCUGUUAUGGUUCCUUGGGUAUCAGGUAUUAUUAGCAGUUGACUGAAUUUUGAUCAACAAGACAGGCAACCGAUAAUGGACAGUCGAUUCAAGAUGUAUCGGACUCUAGUUCUACUGAUGUUUAUGAUUGACAAAGACCUAUGCUUUUCACAAUAUAAUGUGUUUCUGGUUUUGGAACAUGGGGGAAAACCAGAACCUUUCCAACCUACUCUUGACAUGGAAACUUUUUGUACCACGAAAUGUGUCAAUUGGGCGGUCUCAGGCUGCAUUGAUAGAUGGAGAGACCCAUGGGAGUUAAAGAAAUGAAAAGCCUGAUUUGUUCAAUUAUUUAUACAUUGAUAAAUGUGAAAAUGGAUCUCUUUUGUGUGGGAAAGUUGGAUUGGACGAUCCUCAUUAAUCUGCUGUAUGGGUAUAUGAAUGUGAAAGAAUUCUUUAACACC